AUGUCGUACAACCCACCCCAACAGCCUCCGUAUCCGCCCCACGGGCAAGGCCAAUCUUUCCAGGGUCAGGGCUUCCAGCAGCACCCUCAACCUCAAUAUGGGCAACAGCCGCAGCAUCAGUAUCCUCAGUCUGGAGGCUACAUGCCUAGUCCAGGUGCCCCGCAGCAGCAGUAUCCACCUGCCCAGUCUGGCGGCUAUGUUCAGGGUCCGGGUGCCCCGCAGCAGCAAUACCCUCCUCCUCAGCCUGGCGGCUACAAUCCUAAUCCAAGUGCCCCGCAGCAGCAGUAUCCUCCUCCCCAGCCUAGCGGCUAUGUUCAUGGUCCAGGUGCCCCGCAGCAGCAACAUCCUCCUCCUCAGCCUGGCGGCUACAAUCCUAAUCUAAAUGCCCCGCAGCAAGGCUACCACCAGCCUCAGCACGUUCCUUAUGGACAGCAGCCAUACGCUCCGCAGGGCCAGUAUCCCCAAUCUGGGCCUAACCUAGGCGCUCAUGCAUACGCUCCGCCGCCAAUGCCGGCGUCAAAUGCGCCCGGUCAUGCUCCACAAUACGCACAUCCGCAGCAACCACAAUUGCCAUCCCUGGGCUAUGACCCAAAUGCCAUCGCAAUGGGCGACUAUACGCGAGAAGCAGACUCCUUGCGCAGAGCCAUGAAGGGCUUCGGCACAGACGACAAAACGCUAAUCAUGGUGCUCGCCCCACUUGAUCCGCUGCAAAUGGCUGCCGUGCGCGCAGCAUAUUCGAAGGGGCAUCGGCGCGACCUCCACAAGGAUAUCGAGUCCGAGACUUCUGGACACUUCGAAGAGGGCCUCCUAGCUAUUGUAGAUGGCCCACUACAAUAUGACGCCAACAGUACGCGCGAAGCGGUCAAGGGUGUCGGCACCAAGGAGUGGAUCUUAAAUGAUGUGCUCCUAGGCCGGAGUAACGCGGAUAUCCAUGCGAUCAAGACUGCCUAUGAGCACAGCUUCCAUCGCUCCCUUGUGCAGGAUGUCAAGGAUGAUCUAUCGAUGAAGACAGCGGACCUGUUCACCGCUGUAUUGCGUGGAAACAGACAAGACGAACAUGCCCCUAUCAACCACCAGACUAUUGAAUCUAGUGCUCGUGCCAUACAUGAGACUACCGCUGGUCGUGUGGUGAACGAUGCUACAGAGAUCUGCGCGAUCUUUGCCCGCUCGUCAGAUGCAGAACUGCGGGCUAUCAACCACGCCUUCCAAGAACGCUACCAUCUCUCUCUGGAGAAGCAUAUUAAAGAGUGCUUUUCGGGGCACUUGGAGGAUGCGCUAGUUCACAUACUCCGUAGCGCAACUGAUCCGGUAAUGCGCGAUGCUUGUCUGAUCAACUCCUGUAUUGGUAGCGCAGAUGAGCUUCUGGUUAGCCGUAUUGUUCGUCUACAUUGGAACCGUCCUCAUAUGAACCAGGUUAAGCUUGCGUAUCGCCAUAAGUUCGGGAAAGAUCUUGUCUCUCGCGUGCGGAGCGAGGUUGAGGGUGAUUGUGGGCGUCUGCUCGUUGCUUUGCUUGGGUAA